GCACAGUACCUAUGUGAUUGACCCCAAAUAAACAAAGACAAAUAAACAAAUCAGAAGUGCCUAAUGGUGGAAAUGAGCAUCAUGGUUCUGGGGUAUCCAACAAAUACCUAGGUAAAUAGCUGUAUCUAAUUACAACAAAAAUCUUCUACAAUUUGGUGUCUUUUACUUAAAUUAUAAAUAAAAAAAAUCUCAUCAAAUAUAAAUUCAUAAUUCGAAAAAUUUCAAAAUCCAAAGAAUAAGGUCGCAACUAAGGAACAUAUUACAGUACUUAGUCUUGUAAGAUUAUAAACAUCCACAGCCUUGAUCCUGUAAAUUUGUUUAUAUUUUGAAUCUGUCAAAACCAAUUAAAUCAAAGUCAAGGGAAGGUUUAUCUGACUUAAGAAGAGGUAAAAACAGGAUGCUGUUGAAAUCUGAUGGUUUGGUCCUCAGCAUAGCACGCCUGCAGGAAGUACAACGGAGAAGUCUGCUUCAUUAGUGCAACAAACUCUGGGUUUACUCUACAGUCGUCAACACGGCUAGCAUUAAAGAAGUGAGAAACCGCCUUUUCUACCAGUUAGCCAUGAGAAAAUUCGCCAGAAAAAUAUCAGUACCGGUAUACCAUCAAUUUGUAGAAAAUUGGGUAUAGAAGAAAAUUACCUUGAUAAUUAUGAAUUUUAUGUAUUUCCAAUAUGAUGGGAUUGGUUUAAAAAAAAAUACACAUUAUUCUGUAUUUUAAAUUAUGCUACUUGUUUAGUUCUUGACAGUUCUUUUAUGUCUUAUUAGGUCUUUUUGUAACCAAGCACUUAUUACUUACUCAGGUCUCUCGACUUCUGUGAAAGUCAGGAGUCCAAAGUUUUAAUCAUCAGAUAAAUUUCACUCUUUGUAAUUAUUGAAAAAAAACUUUUUUUAUUGUCGCAACAAAGAAAUAAAAUAAGAGUAAAAAUUACAGUCACGACUUUCUUUAACAACCAUACAAUCAAACAUGACAAAUUUGUUUCCUGAAUGCUUCUAAAACACUUACAAAUGUUUGACACACUAAUUUAAUGAAGUAGCACUUGGGUUGCACAAGAAGUUCCUCUCUUGGGUCUCUUGGGUCAUUAAGAUUUAAUUUGAGAACAGUUACUCGGUAUAAACACAUUUAUGAGAAAACCAUGGUAUUUGGUCAUCUCCGUCAACAAGUACGCGUGUAAUACUACACUGCCAGUGUUUCUUCGGUAUGGCAGCUAUCACCUACUUUGUGAUCUGUGGAUUACUGUGUAUGUUUGUCCAUGGUUCGAAGUGUCCGACGGACUGCCACUGCACUUAUGAUGAAGUCGAUUGCUCCCAAAACCAACUGUUGGAGAUUCCUUCGGAAAUUCCAUCAGAGGCUCGGACGCUUAAAAUGAAUUUCAACCAAGUGAGUGUUUUGGACAUAAUGAUAACAAUUCCCCUUCAGCGGUUGGUGGUGUUGGAGCUACAGAGCAAUCUGCUUCAUAAUAUAGGAGCAGGAUCCCUUAUGAGAAUGACCAAGCUGGAAAAACUUGAUCUCACCGACAACUCUCUGAGAACACUCAAUGCGAACACAUUCUUCAGGAUGCAAAGCCUUAAGACUCUGAUUUUAUGCAAGAAUCAUCUGGUUGAUAUCGAUGAUGCAAUUAAUAAUCUUCCUGCCUUGGAACUGCUUGACCUGUCUUGGAAUAAUAUAACCGCCUUGUCAGCUAGAUCUUUUAAAUUACUACCUAAACUUAGAAUGCUAAAGCUAGGUUAUAAUGCCAUCUCCUCCAUUGACACAGACACAUUCACAGUUCUGACAUCCCUCCAGUCGCUGGAACUCAACAAUAACCCACUACACAGCAUUGAUGGAGUCUUAUCCACACUCCCUACUCUAAGAAUGCUAAAUAUCAAGAAUUGUUUACUCAAACAUUUCCCCAAAGAAUUGCCAGAGUCAGUUCUAUUCAUUGAUGCCAGUGAAAAUAAAUUGACAAAUAUAAGACAGGACAUUCAUCACAAUGCAGUAAUUCUGAGUCUUAACGACAACGACAUAACAGAAAUAGAGGAUGGUGCUCUUUCACAAUUAACGAAAUUAAGCAAGUUGGAGCUCCAAAACAAUUAUCUAACAGAGCUGCCAAAGAUUCCUCCUUCACUUCAUUAUUUCAAUAUUCAAAACAACCUAAUCAGUGAACUGGAUUCUAUUUCAUUACCUGAAAAUUCUCAGCUUGAGGAGUUUUAUCUGCAAAGAAAUCUAAUAUCCAACAUAACUUUAGGGACUUUCAGGAAAGUUACUUCCCUUAAAAAGCUAAGUAUAGGAGAAAACCUCAUUCAGAAUAUGAGCUCAAAGUUGUUUUAUAAUGUGUCUAGCCUUUCUUAUCUCAACAUUGACAAGUUACACCUUGUGGAAAUAUCGGAAGAUGUUUUUGAUAACCUUGAGAACCUUCUUAAACUGUCAAUGUCAGGAAUCACUAUAGCCCAAGACUCAAUCAAGGGAAAUUUCCUUCGACCUCUAUUGAAAUUAAGUACUCUAGAUCUCAGCCACAGUCCUACUUUAGCCAAGUACUUGUUGGAAUCUUCUGCGAUGCUGAGAAACCUGCGAUUUAUAAGUGAGUUGAACUUAAUGUCUAACAAUCUCACCACCUUACCAAACCGCAUAAUGGGUAGUCUGCCUCAUAUUGAGGAACUGAACAUCUUGGAUAACAAUUUCCAUUGCGAUCAAAGAUUAGUAUGGUUAGGACAAUGGAUAAAGCUUGGAACCUCUCAGUUCUCCGACCCAGAAGAUAUUGUCUGUUACACACCACAGGACCUGAACGGUCAAACGAUAAGUGAACUUAAAACAUCAGACUUUGUCCCAGCAACGACUCCUUUACCAGGCCUCGGUACAAGUUUUCACGCUGUGACGUUUUUUCCCACGGAGAAACCCCUGGGUCCUGAUAGCAUGUCCAAUGAGCAGACGGUGUCCUUGGCAGCCACCAACACUCAGUUCAUUGCCCUGACAGUUUCAGUUUCUGUCUUCAUUGUUCUGGCAGCUAUAGCUUUCGUCGUAUUUCACAUCUGCAGACAGACUCGAUGUCUGGACUAUAACAGAUCCACUGUCAUUAAUCACCCACCCCCUGUCAACUUUUUUAUUUCCAACGAGGAAAAUGCCCCAGUUCCUCCCCCACCCAGGCUGACGCGUGAAGAUCGGUGCUCAGUGACCUCACAGACAUCAAGGGACAUAACUAGUGAGGAGCAGGGGGUCAAAGUGUAUACAUGGAGUGGGUAGCUUGGUUGUAUAAUUACACUGUUAUUUAAUGACAUGUCCAAUAUCAAGAAUGAAAUUUAAUUCAAUUUUUUUUUUAUGCGAAUAAAAUAAAUCCAACAUGAAAUUUUUAUG